CGUUUUCUGUCUGGGCGGCCGGGGGGAAGGGGGUGGGGGUGGGAGUCAACUGACCCCCGGAGAGAGCGAGCGACGGGACUCGGCGGCGCAAGGCAAGCCGGGCAGCGAGACAGUCGGCCGGGUAAAGUAAGGGGGGGAGUCGCCUCCGACUCCUGGUGUUAUCCCCUGCUAGCUAGCCUUAGCUACGCUAGCUCCACACAGCACCAUGGACUGGUUAAUGGGGAAGUCGAAGACAAAACCAAAUGGAAAGAAGCCUCCAGCCGAAGAGAAGAAGCAAUACCUAGAGCCGGAGUUCACAAAGAUCCGAGUGGUGGAUUUUGACCUUAAGGAGCUGGUGGUGCUGCCCCGAGAGAUAGACCUCCACGAAUGGCUAGCCAGCAACACAACUACAUUCUUCAAUCUUAUCAACUUACAGUACAGCACCAUCUCAGAGUUCUGCACUGGCGACAGCUGUCAAGCCAUGACGGCAUGCAACACAAUAUACUACUGGCAGGACGAGAAGGGAAAGAAGACAAAGUGCACUGCGCCACAAUAUGUUGACUUUGUUAUGAGUCUUUGUCAGAAACUGGUGACGGAUGAGGAAACCUUUCCUACGAAAUAUGGGAAAGAAUUCCCCAACUCCUUUGACACGUUGGUGAAGAAGAUCUGCCGGUAUCUGUUCCACGUGCUGGCUCACCUCUACUGGGCGCACUUUAAAGAGACGGUGGCACUGGACCUGCAGGGCCACUUGAACACUCUCUAUGCACAUUUUGUCGUUUUUGUAAGGGAAUUCAACCUGGUUGACCCGAAGGAGACCUGUAUCAUGGACGACCUGUCCGAAAUCCUGUGCGCCCCGGCCCCGCCGCCGUUGGCCGUGCCGGCCCCGUCCUCCCCGACCUCGUCCCCCUCCCCGUCCUCACAAAACCACGUGACGGAGAGAUGAGCGGAGGCGCCGCCGAGGCGCCGGCCCUCCCGGAGUUGAUCGAGGACAAGAUGGAGGAAAGACGGCCCGGCCGCUUUCCGCGGUGUGUCAGCAGGACUUUAGAGACCUUCCGCUACUCUUGUGUAUUUCUCUGCAGCGCCAACCAACCAGUCGGAGAGGGGAGGGGGGAUUGGCGGGGUUUAGGGGGGUGGGUUUUAGCGAGGGGUUUAUAACGCCAGCAGGAAUUGGCGUGAACGUUCCUCCCAGGGAUCAAAACAAAAAAACAUGCCUCCCAUCUUCUCUGCCAUGUAAACCAGGACAAAAAAACUAAGGCUGCGUUUAAUUUGUUUUGUUUCAUUUCACUUUUACUUUUUGUCGGGAGGUUAUUUGAUUCUAUUUUGCUGUUGUCGGGUUAAAGGUGUGCGUGUGGGGGGGCGUCGCGGCGUGGUUAUCGGCUCUCUCCUUUACCCUCUCGCUAGCACACAUCCUGUACGCAAGGGGGCCGUACAGUACACUGUGCGGCGUUUGCGUCGAACGGCGAGAGACGUCUCUGCCGGCCUCCUCCGACAGCCCCAAUUGCCACGCUGGUCCUGAGAGUGGCACGGUGGGUAAUAUUAGCCAAUCCCUGGUCGGGUUGAUUGAAGGCACCGCCUACUCAGGACCUGAGAGAAAGUAUGUCCCUGCUGCCAGAGAGGCUUCCCCCCCCCACCCCCACCCCCACCCUUUUCUUCCUUUGACCCUUUAGUUUGCCAAACUCCACAUGACCGACCUACACAUUGACAGCCUGGCCCCCAACAAACGUCAUGUAGCCUACUUACCUCUAGAGGGCAGCAAAGGUGAAAAUGCGGAAACAGAAGAAAAUAUAAAGAUUGUAUAUUAGAUAUUUAAUCUGAUCAGAGAAAUGGUGAUACUUUAACAGACUGGUGGGUGAAUUGCAGUGGUUCUGUUAGUGUUCAGUGUAGCACGCCUCCUCCCUCCGCUUUGUGUGGCGGACACACACACCUGCCCCAGCAGCAGGACAGAUGGACAAAAACGGGAUGUCAUGUCCGCAGUUCCACAAAAAGCAACAUGGGGAAAAGGGCGAAGAGGGGGGAUGCGGAGCAUGCUGGCGGCCAGCUGCAAAUCUCCGGUCUUCUUAUUUUGUUGUUGUUUUUGAGUUUUUCACCUCCCUUUUUAAAAUUUGCUUUUAAAGAGACUAUGAAAGUCAAAUUAGUUUGGAGAUAAUGACAAUAGUUAUUACACAUAGAAAAGAGAACUUCUGUCAGACAGCCUCUAUGUGGAGGAGGAUUGAGUUUAUAUUUGUCCCUUUUAUAAUUUAUUUUUUUCUUUUUUGCAGGGUUCUUCAGUUCUGGCUCUUGUUUUUAUGUAUUUUAAUUAUUAACUAAGUUAAAAGCAAUUUAAUAUUUCAAGCUCUGCUGAUUAUAAUCUAAUAAAAGAAAAAUGCCGUUCUAA